UACAUACGGAUUUUGUCCCACCACCUUUCCAGGAUACAAUAUCAUCAUUGAAAAAGGAAACGUGUAACUACAGCUUUCAACCCAGUCUGAUCUGCACCAUUGUCAUCCAUGAUGUGGGAACUCCGCUCUGUGGCCUUCACUCGAGCUAUCCUUGCUGAAUUCCUAGCCACCCUCCUCUUUGUCUUCUUCGGCCUGGGCUCAGCUCUGAACUGGCCUGCUUCCCCACCAAAUGUCCUCCAGAUCUCCUUUGCAUUUGGCUUGGCCAUUGGUACCUUGGUUCAAGCAGUGGGUCAUGUCAGCGGAGCCCAUAUUAACCCCGCAGUGACCAUGGCUUGCCUGGUGGGCUCUCAGGUCUCCUUCCUCAGGGCCAUCUUCUACAUGGUGGCACAGAUCCUAGGAGCAGUGACGGGGGCUGCUCUCCUGCAUCAAAUCACUCCGGCUCAUAUCCGGGGCAGCUUGGCCAUCAACAGGGUGCAAAACAACACAACAUCCGGACAAGCUGUCGCCAUGGAGAUUUUCCUCACUUUUCAAUUGGUCCUGUGCAUUUUUGCCUCCACUGAUGAUAACAGGAGCGACAACUUGGGAUCUCCAGCUUUGUCCAUUGGUUUCUCUGUCGUCCUGGGUCAUCUCAUUGGGAUCUACUACACUGGCUGUUCCAUGAAUCCUGCUAGAUCUUUUGCCCCUGCUGUGAUUCUUGGUGAAUUUGACAACCAUUGGGUCUUCUGGCUGGGUCCCAUGGUUGGAGCAGUGGUGGCUUCCUUGCUCUACAAUUAUGUUUUCUUCCCUCAUAGAAAGACUCUGUCGGAGAGGCUAGCAAUCUUCAAAGGCUAUGAGCCAGAGGAGGACUGGGAAGAGCGUGAAGUUCGCAGGAGGCAGUCAAUGGAGCUGCACUCUCCCCAGACUUUGCCUCGGGGAGUGAUGGAAAAAGUCUAAAGAACCUGAGAGCCAGUAAAAGGAGCAGGUCAUAGCUAACCACGUUCUUCUGAGCCAAAUAGGCAUCCAUAUAUGCUACAGAUACAGUGUGUGAAUUAAGCUCUUCCUGGGUCAGAGUGGCUGUUCAUCUGUUGUGGACAUCCAAGUGUGCAUAUCCAUUUUCUCCUCAAAUUGUCAACAAUGUACCUUUUGCUCUCUGGGAUGCUCUUAAGAGCUUUAAAGCAGUUGAUCUAGAAGGAGCACAUCACAGCGAUUUAUAUACACUGAUGAAAGAGUUCACUGAUCGCAUUUUUCUUCUCUGGUUCAAGCUAGCUAAAU